UUGAUGACGUCAGAAAUUUGCGUAAAUAACUUGGGACGGAGUUGCUAAACACUGCCACGAGUGAACUUGACCGAUUUCACUGGAUUUAAACCUGGUUGUAGUAAUUUAAAAGCAGUUAUGGCUUCAGAGGAAGGAUUUAAGGUAUCAUCUUUGAAAGGCAAAGUGACUCUGAUCACAGGUGCUAGCUCGGGCAUCGGGGCAGGGACAAGCAUGAUGUUCGCUAAACUUGGUGCCUUGCUCGCAUUGAACGGGCGCGACGUCGAAAACCUCACCCACAUAGCCAAACAGUGCACGGACCUGGGUGCUGCCGAGCCCUUGCUUGUACCAGGGGACCUGACUAAUGAGGACACCGUAAAGAAGACAGUGGAACUGACCAUUGCCCACUUUGGCCGGCUGGAUGUGCUGAUCAACAGCGCUGGCAUUCUGGCCAUGGGCAGCAUUGAGACAGGUGACCUGGCUCAGUAUGACAAGGUCAUGAACGUCAACGUCAGAUCAGUGUACCAUCUGACUCAGCUGUGUGUGCCUCACCUCAUCAGGACUAAGGGUUCUAUUGUCAAUGUGUCCAGUGUCAACGGGCAACGAUCAUUCCCAGGUGUCCUUGCCUAUUGUAUGUCCAAGUCCGCUAUUGACCAAUUCACACGAUGCAUAGCACUCGAGCUAGCGUCGAAGCAAGUGCGAGUGAACUCUGUCUGUCCUGGUGUGAUCAUAACAGAUGUCCACAGGAGAGCGGGGCUGGAUGAGGAGCAGUAUGCUCAGUUCCUUGAGAAGUGUAAGCAGACCCACGCCCUGGGGAGACCAGGUGAGGUGGAGGAGGUGGCCCAUGCCAUAGCCUUCCUGGCGUCAGAUGCUGCCACCUUCAUUACCGGGGUCAACCUACCUGUGGAUGGGGGGCGCCACGCCAUGUGUCCAAGAUAAUAUCCUGUGACAUGAUCAUUGACUGGCAGCCAAUACAAACCUGAACUGCC